UCGAAACGUGGUUGGAUUCUCCUUUCAGUUUGUCAACAGAGGGAAAUGUGACAAGUCUGAAAAUUGAAAAUCGUUAAUGGUUAGAGUGAGCGAUAUCACAGAUAAAGUAGGAAUCAAAUGAUAAUGAAAGCUGAGGAUGGAGGACGGCGUAAAAGAAUUCUUGGACAAGCUCGGAAUGAGGAAAUAUUUCGACAUGUUUGUCGCCAAAGGCUUUGAUAAAGAAGGGGACAUUUCUCACCUGACUGAAGGCGAUUUAAAGUCCAUGUAUAUAAUAGAUACAGAUGACAGGAAUAGGAUCCUUGAAGCAGCGCACCACUUCCACCCAAGCCGGAAGUACAUGUUGCACGAGUGGCUGCAGGCGGCGGGGUUGAGCCACUACUUUAUCAGCUUCAUGGAGAGCGACCUUACGGACAUUGCCGCCCUCGCGCGCCUAAAGCUGCCCGAUGAGGAUCUCUAUGACGAGCUGGAGAUAACACUUCCGGGCCACAAGAGGCGCCUUGAGCGAGCAGUUCGCCAACUGGCUAAGAAUAACAUGACAAGGGUGCCGAAAAUGGAAGUACAAGAACCUGAGAACGAGAAUAAAGAAACUACAGGCAGUGACGUCAUUUGUUUGCAAAAACCGGAACUAGCCGUUACUUAUGGGCGGUGGGGCAAACCUCGAUGCCUGCUUGAUGCCAAAUAUGACUUCCUGUUGUUAGAGGCGACUGUGGUGUCCACGCUGGAUUCCAGAGAUCGUGUCGAUAUAGAAUUCAUGGUUGAUUCCGGAAGUGAUGUUGUAACCAUGCGACAGGAGGUGCUCGAUUCUCUCGACCUGGAGUUGAUCGGUCCAAUCAACAGUAAGGGUGUGCACGCUUCACGCGUGAAGAAUCUGUACAAGGCAAACAUCGUCAUCGGGCAUGUGUCGUUGGAAAUAGAGGUAAUGGGUGAAUCCUAUGAUUCCAUUGGUUCCCGCGUGUUACGUCAUUUCCGACAUUAUAUAAGUGGUUCCCAGCACAUUUGGCUAAAGGGAGAUUUUAUUGACCCAACUCUUGCUUCUAAGGAAUUGAAGCCGGGAAACAAUGAAGAUAAACAAAUUAUUGUUGGUGAUGAUGAAAAUAUAUCCGUUAUUGGUGAAAAGUGUGAGCCUUUGGUGAAGGAGUUGGCUUUUGAGUCAAAAGCUUUGGCCCCGGAAGAUUUGGAAAAUCUUGGUACAAACGAACUGAGUGCACCAGAAGAGAGCGAUGAUCACUUAGUGCAGAAUGAUCACGUCAAAAUGGACAAAGUUGACAAAAAAGGUUUAAAGGUAAAUGAAAAUAUGGGUUUUGCAAAUAAGGUUAGUGAGUUCAAAUUCAAGGGAAUUAACCAGGAAAAGGAAAAUGAAAUGAAAAAUUCACACUCGGGAGAAAUGGACAGCAAUGGACAUGUAGAUGAGACCGACAAACUUGUGUCAGGUCCUGCUGACGUCAUCGACGUUCGACCAAUCAUCGCGUCGAACAGAAAGAGACAUGCACAGAACAGCAAAAGUGCUAAUCUGAGUGCAAUUAUUGCGGAGAGGGAGAAUGGUAAAACUGUGAAGCGGCAUAGACCUAAUGAACGAAAACUCCACAGUUUGAUUCAGGUGGUAAAUUCUGAGCCUUGUGAUUCAAAGUCGAGAGGAGUGCUAAACCAGAGGUCCGUGUAUUAUCACGCAGAAGAGAACCAUUUUGACACAUAUUUUUCAUAGAAUAUCAUUAUAUUUUAUUAUACGUAUAUUUUACUGUGCAUUUGUCUGGACAAUGUUUUCGGGGGAUGAUACAACGUUCAUGGUAACUAUCAUAAAUGAUGUCAGAAAAAAACUCCCUCUUAUUUUUCCACCAAAUGACAUACUCCAUUAAAUCAGCAUUGAAGCACUUGGAAUGGACACAUUUAACUGUUUUUGUAUCGUGUACAUGUACUAUACAAAUUAAGAAGCAAUAUAAACAACUAUUCCGGCAAACAUACACCGCACUGAUCAGAAUAGGCUGUUUCAAAUGUGAUGUGGUCGCCAACAGUAUUGCCGUCACAUGAUCAUAUUUAAAAUAAUGUAUUAUUAUAUUGUCAACUGCAUAUUUAUCGAUUUUUAUCCCAAUUAUGUUACUAAAUCCGUUUUUGAAGACGACAACAAAAAAUUAAGUAUUUGAACAUAAUAUUAUAGACAUUUCUGGUCAGUGGAUUGGCGCAGAAACUUUAUUUUGAUAUAACAUGCAAUUUGCAAUACAGGAAAACAUUUUUUAAAAGGGGUAUUUGCUAAUAUACAAGAGAAUCAUUUUAAAAGCGCACUGUAUAGGUGCGAAAACCGUUUUUUUUUAUUUUGAUGCGUAACCCCCAGUUGACAAAUUAUCGCUAAUAAAUUCUUUAUCUGUACACACAUCAUAUGCUUUUUUUUGUUUUGAUCAUGAAGUCAAAUGAGUUGGACAUGAUUGUGCAUUGAAAUUAAAAAAAAAAUAUCUGUCGUCAAAUCGUAUUUUGCGCGCAUUGAAAGGGUUAUUUUUGACAGUUGACCGUGCAAAAAAAUAUUUUAUGAUGUACAAUAAACUUUACAAUUCUUUAAGAUGGAAUUGAAAGACAGUGAUUUUUUGGGGAAGUUUUUUUCACCGCCUGUGCCUUCAAAAUUGGGAAAUUUUCCGACUUUGGGAAAAUACCAAAUCUUAAAAUACAUAAUGUAAUAGGAAAUAAGCAUGUAUUGACUUUUUAAUGCAUACAAUAUACUGUAUUGCUGGCCUCGCAAAGAUCUUGUUUAUUUUUCAAGAAAUUCAUUGGUUUUUUUACUGAUUCACGUAAACUGUGUUUACUGAAAUGGGAAAAUAUUAUGAAUUUUUGGGAAAAGUGGACACGUUUUCGCAAGGGGAAACCUAGAAGGCAGUAAAAUGCACACAAAAAUCACUGAAAGAAUGUGUUCAAGAGUAAUUAUUACUGUUGCAGUAUACGAUGAAUUAAUAUUAAAGUGUUUUAAUAGUUUGUAGAGAUGUUUGCUAUUAUAAUGUUUAUUUUGUACUGAAUUUUGUAUGUAUAUAAGAGAUAUAAUAAAUUAUAA